ACUGGAUGUUAUGUUGUCAGUAUCUGCACACAGUUGCUCAGAUACACAGCGCGAGGAAAGAAUGCAGAGGAUGUGGGAGGUUUCUCACGUGCCGCAAAUUUGGCCAAUGUUGACGCCGCGGUUCACAGAGGGACGUCACUUUAUUGACCAAUCCGCUUAAUUCUUUAUCCCUUAUAACAAACCCAGCUCGGUUGCUAAAUAAACGCACUGACAACAAGCUUAGGUAAGGUUUUGAGCACAGAGCUGUGGGAGAAUCGCAUGUAGUAAAAUUAAACAAGAACAUCAGUAUAUUCACUAUGAAGGCGGUAAGUCCUGUGCGGUCUAUAAGGAAACCUGCCUUAUAUUUUUCGGAGCAUAAUGACCGUGGCAUCUCGCGGAUCAAGACCUCCUUGGACGACCCUCUCAGUCUACUGUACAACAUGAAUGACUGCUACAGCAGGUUGAAGGAGCUCGUGCCGAGUCUACCGCAGAACAAGAGCGUGAGUAAAAUGGAGAUCUUGCAGCACGUCAUAGAUUACAUUCUGGAUCUUCAGAUCGCACUGGAACAGAACCCGCUCGGACAGGCCCCCCCACAAAAGACUGUCAAAUCACUCGGCGCUGAUAUCAGCAUCAUCUCUUUCCAGCCCAGUAUCCCUCAAAGAGAUCUUAACUCAGAUGACCUCAUGGCCCUAUCUCGUUGACAUGGUGUUUCGGUCAUGGAGCAAAAACAGGACCUUUUUGUGUGUUUUCUUUUUUUUGUGUCCGGUGUCAUUCGCCUGGACUUCGUCUUGAAUGACAGGGAUUUCCCUUAAAUGGACAUGAAAAGUUUCUGAGCUUACUACAAACUUUAUAUUCUUUCUUCCAAAGGAAGAUUAAAAAAGAAUGGAGAAAUGGAAAAGGAAUAACGUAAUUAAGCGAGCAAUGUACAGGAUUAUUGCAACAAAAGUAUGUUAAGGUGUUGCGCAAAACAAACACGCAUUUGAACAUCUCUAAUAGAGUCCGUCACAGGCUGCGGACAUUGUCAAAUGUAAUAUUUUCUCUUUCUGCUGGAAGUGUGGUGUUUAUAAUAUUACAGAAAUUUUAUAAUUAUAACAUAAAUUGCACUUUUAUACAUAAUUAAAUGCUAUGUAUUAUGUUGGUGUCAUGUUUUUGUGUAU